AUGAGUGUAAACUCGGAGUGUCAGCCUGUUGAAAAGUCCCUCAGUGAACAAAAGGAUGAGGGAGGGAAAGACAAUACAUCCAUCAUCAAUAUGAUGAAAGAGAUGCAAAAGAACAUUUUGUCACUUACAACUACUGUGAGCGAGUUACAAGAGAACAAGGGAACGAAGCGCAAGAUUCAAGACUCGGAUGAAAAACCUUGUACAUCUAAGUCGCGCGUAGAACUAAGUGACGUUUCUGAUGAAGAGAGAGACGAGUUUGAUGACAUUUUAAAUGAGACAAAUGAAGACAUGGACACUGAUUGUGAUCAUUUGCUUGAUGAGCUGGCCGAAUGUUUCGGCUCAGAGGAUAAGUGUGGCGAAGCAAUACACGAAAAACUCGCCAAAGUAACAAAUGAUGGCGUUCGAACGGUAGUAGACUCUGACAAAAUAAAGGAAGUGAGCGACAAAUAUAACCGACCUAAAAAUGUGCAGAAUCUUGUCACUCCAAAAUUAAAUGAGGAAAUCCGAGCUCAUUUGAGCCGCAAAGUCCGAGGCCAAGACAUUCGGAUACAAAGAACCCAGACACUUGUCGGAAAAGCCAUUGUCCCGCAACUACAACAAAUUAAUUUGCUGCUAAAUGCAAAACAAAAAGGAGAGACACCCUCCAUGAAAGAGCUCACUACCUUAGCAAUGGACAGUCUGAAACUCAUGACUUAUGUCUAUUGCGACCUGUCAAACAGGAGAAGAGAACUAAUCAUUCAACCCGAGAAGAACGAAGAAUUCCGGGCAUUGUGUUCUAACGAAUAUCCUGUCACCGACAAGUUGUUUGGUGACGACCUUGGCAAAAAAGUUGAGGACAUCUUAAAGGCCAAUAAAGUGGGAUCCAAAAUAUCGGGAUUUAACAAGUUUGAACAAGCUGCGGAAAUCAUAACAUUUUUUUUUAUUUUUCAUGAAAAAUACGAAGAUUGGGCACUUAUUAAGAUUCCCCAUGCUCACAUUAACAAACAAAUACAACGCUGGGGAUCAAACAUUCAUAAAAGAGAACAGCACGUGAAACAACUGACACACAGUCAACAAACAGCAAAUGGAGCUAAUUCCAUGGAAUCAGCCAACAAAGUGGGAUCCAAAAUAUCGGGAUUUAACAAGAUUGACAAGCGCGGAAAUCAUAACCGCAAACAGCAUGGACACAUGCAGAAAUCAUCCAAUUAUGGAAUCUACAAGGCCAGUAAUUUUUUAGGCCAACGCUGGGGAUCAAACUACAAAAAGAGAACUGCUCCAGCAAACAAACAGAGGAAGCAAUAG